AUGGCUUACAACCGUCCCUUCGAUGAGGAUGCUCUCCCCAGAUUUGCCGAGCCAGACCCCAAACCCGGCCAGUCGAGGACUCCUGCCCCGCAACAACCCCCUCCACAGCAGUAUCACCAACAGCAACCUCGAUAUGAUAAGCCCUUGCCAGUUCACCGAGACUCUCGGUCUCAGUCGAUAGGCCAGCAGCACGGCUACGGUCACAUGUCGCCGCCUCCAAACCCUGGUGCGAGACCGCCUCAGCCUCACAGCCGCCCUACCCUCAAUUCGCGACCUCCUCCCUCGCCCGCCCUUGAUGGCUCUGGUUCCGACCCUUCGCUUUUGCCCCUAUUCCGCGCCGUAGACAAGGAUGGGACUGGCCAUCUCUCUGAAAGGGAGCUCUCUGCCGCGCUAGUCAACGGUGACUGGACCGCCUUCGACCCCCACACCGUUCGCAUGAUGAUCCGAAUGUUUGACUCGGACCGGAGUGGCACUAUUGGUUUUGAGGAGUUCUGCGGUCUAUGGUCCUUCUUGGCCUCAUGGCGAACCCUGUUCGAUCGUUUCGACGCCGACCACAGCGGCAACAUCUCCCUGCCCGAAUUCAACAACGCUCUCGUCGCAUUUCGAUAUCGACUCAGCCCCCAGUUCGUGGAACUGCUCUUCAACACAUACGACAAGCGUAACGAGGGUGUCAUGAGCUUUGACCUCUUUGUCCAGAGCUGCAUCUCUCUGAAGCGCAUGACGGAUGUGUUUAAGAAGUACGACGACGACCGCGACGGAUACAUCACACUAAGUUUUGAGGACUUCCUGACAGAAAUCCUCAAGCAACUCAAGUAAAUGACUAAAAUGAUGGUGAUGUGGUUUUGGAGAUUUUGGACAUUGAAAACGAACUCCUAGGACUGGAGUGUUACAUGAAUCAAGUCUCACAUGGGACAGUGAUACGGCCCUAAGGGAGGAAGCCAGCAUGCAUGAUAUGGCGGGGUGUAUAACGGAGACGGCUGGGUACAUGGAGUGACAAGAUGGGAUGGACAGAUGGAUGAUACCCUAGGUCGAGGCUGCGGAUCCUGACUUAGAGACCGGGACUUGCCUUUGAUACAUCACAUAUGAAUUUAUGUUGAAUAACUCGACCCAGUCCCAAGUUGGUCAUGC